UGGGCAAUGAGAAGACGCAUAAUAUAUUCGCAAAACUCAGCAGGUCAGGCAGCAUCCGUGGAGAAGAAUAAACAUUUGAAGUUUUGGAUUAGGACCGCAAGGAAUAGAAAGUAAUGUGGCAAUACCUAGAAUUUCUGUCCCCUUAUUUCCAGUCCGAUGAAAAGCCUUGGCCUGCAAUUUUGACCGUUUAUUCUCCACCAUAGAUGCUGCAUGACAUGCUGAGUACCUCCAGCAUUUUGUGAGUUUCUCUAGAGAUUUUCCAAGGAAGGGCUUGACCAGGCAGGCAGACAGUAACCCAGAGCAAAGCGGUGGUGAUGGGCAGUACCAGGAGAGUGAUGGUGAUGGUUUACUAUAUUCUCAGGAAUAAGCAGAUUACUUUCCAAACAGAGCGGUAUAUUCCCGGGGACACGAAAGAGCAGCUUCAACACAUGGAACUAUACCCUCUCCUACGCCCCUGGCACUACCACAAGCCCAUUCCUCCUACCACCUCCCCACCUGCAUAUGCAUAUUUUGGACUGAGUUUGGUGGUCUUUAGUUUCCAGAGAGAAAGUUACUGCCCAAUAUGGCGUCAGUAAUUUAUUUAAUUUCCCCAUUGUGCUUCACAGUCUCGAGCUCAGUGAUCACCGAUCUCCUGGCAAGCUGGGACGAUUUCCAGCUGCUGCAGUUGACGGACUUCUACCGGGACAGGCUGGAACUGGCGAUGGAAGGAGGGGUGCACGGAGUGAGCCUGGCGUUAACGGCCGAGAAUCAGUUCAGUGGAGAGGAACAUCGGAAAAUCUCUGAUCUCGCUGAUAAGGGAGAGCGGGCGGACAGUUCUAAACUCCUCAUGAGCCUGGUGAUGGAGAAAGGCUCCCGUGCCCAGAGGGUGAUGUGGAAAACCUUUGUGAAAAUGCGGAUUGGUGUCCCAAAUUUGGACAAAAUACUGAAGGAAAUGCAGAUAUAUGGUUGUGAUCCCUCCCAUCGACCAAAUCCCGGUCAACUUUUACAAGAGGUUCUCAGUGAGCUGAAAGAUGUUCAACAGAAACACAAGGAGACUCUGCGGGCAAAAACUGAAACACUGAGAGUGAACACAAUCCUGAUGAGGGAGAAGGUGAAGGUUUUCCAACUGGUUGAUCGAUACGCUGAGCUCACGAUCAUUUCUACUGUUCGAGAUCGGACACUGGUGGAACAUGAGCUGCUGGCAAGAGGCAGAGACCACGAGGAGUGGAGAGAGAAAUAUCUCCGUGGAGAGCUGGAAAAAUUCGGGACUGAAACAUUGUUCCAGAGCAGUAACUCCAAAUCUGGGAGCUCGGCAGCAGUGGCUGGAGCCCCGGGGAUCGGGAAAACAACGAUGGUACAAAAGAUUGUUUACGACUGGGCCACAGGGAAAAUAUACCAACAAUUCCAGUUUGUGUUCAGUUUCAAAUUCCGGGAUUUAAACUCCAUUAACCGUCAAACAAGCCUGAUGGAACUGAUUCUGGAUCAGUAUCCUUACUUUGGGAAUAUCCUGAGAGAGGUCUGGAAGAACCCAAAGAGAUUGCUGUUUAUAUUUGAUGGUUUGGAUGAAUUCAAGCACAGAAUCGAUUUUGCUGACAGUCAGAGAGACACAGAACGCAAGCACCAGUGCCCAGAUCCCAAGUGCUGGUGUGAAGUGUCUGACAUUGUGUACAGUUUAAUCCAGGGCAAGCUGCUCCCAGGGUGUUCAGUGCUGGUGACCACCCGCCCCACUGCGUUAGAUUUAUUGAAAAAGGGUGAGAUCAGUGUCUGGGCUGAAAUCCUGGGAUUUGUUGGUGAGGAACGGAAGCAAUAUUUCAUCAGGCAUUUUGAAGAUCAGACGGUGGCUGCAGCUGUUUUCAAAUACAUGCAGGAGAACGAGAUCCUGUACACCAUGAGCUACAACCCCUCCUACUGCUGGAUCCUCGCUCUGGCAUUGAGCCCCUUCUUCACACAAAAUAUCAGGGACCCGCAGAAAGUUCCCAAGACCAUCACCCAACUGUACUCCUACUAUAUUUACAACAUCCUGAAAAACCACGGCCGAGAGAUCGAGAACCCCCGUGAAGUGUUACUCAGGGUUGGUCAGAUGGCCUUCAGAGGAGUGUCCGAGAAGAAGAUUGUGUUUACAGAUGGAGAUUUGAUCAAGUACAAUCUGCAGCCUUCCCAGAUCCUGUCCGGGUUCUUGAUGGAGCUUUUGGAGAGGGAGGAUUCUGGCCGGUGCGUGGUGUACACAUUCCCACACCUCACCAUCCAAGAGUUUAUAGCUGCAGUUGCACAAUUCCUGACUAUACAUCCCGGGGAUAUCCUGAAAUUUCUCACUGAAGCCCACAAGACGACAGAUGGGCGAUUUGAGGCAUUUCUCCGUUUUAUUGCUGGUCUCUCCUCCCCACUGACAGCUCGGGGCCUGGAGGAGUUUCUGGGUCCAUUUCCUCAUCAAACAACCUGCCGGGUGAUUGACUGGGUGAGGGAGGAGGUUAAACGCCAGAGUGGUAACACGAGGAGCGAAGCUGGUAAAAGGAGCCUCCUGAACACAUUACACUACCUGUUUGAGUCUCAAAAUUGUGGGCUGGCUCAGGCCACAAUGGGAUCUGUGGAAACACUUUCAUUCAGUCGAAUGUUACUGACCCCGAUUGACUGCGCGGUCCUGUCUCAUGCCAUCGGAAUCUGUGAUACAAUAAAACAUCUCGACCUUUUGGACUGCCACAUUCAGUGUGAAGGAAUCCAGCGGCUGGGGCCCGGGCUGCACAAGUGCCAGGAGUUGAGUGAUGAAAAUCCCUCAGACCCACCGUUGGAAUCACUUGAUUCAUCAAAUUGUCUGUUUGAGUUUAGACUUGGGUGGAAUGAACUGGGAGAUUCAGGAGUGGAACUGGUGUCUGCGGCUCUGAUCAACCCGGAGUGUAAAAUACAGAAACUGUGGCUAAACCACGUGGGUAUCACCGAUUCUGGUGCUGAGGAUCUCAUCUCCGCACUCAGUACAAACCGGUCACUGACAGUUCUGAACCUGAGUGGUAAUGACCUGGGAGAUUCAGGAGUGGAACUGGUGUCUGCGGCUCUGAGGAACCCAGAGUGUAAAACACAGAAACUGGGUACUAACCGAUCACUGACGGAACUGGACCUGAGUCGGAAUGAACUGGGAGAUUCUGGAGUGAAACUGGUGUCUGCGGCUCUGGGAAAUGCAGAGUGUAAGAUACAGAAACUGGACCUGGACGAUGUUGGUCUCGGAGACGCUGGUGCGGAAUAUCUCGCCUCCGCUCUCAAUACAAACAGGUCACUGACGCAGCUGAACCUGAAUGGAAAUAAACUGGGAGAUUCAGGAGUGAAACUGGUGUCUGCAGCUCUGAGGAACCCGGAAUGUAAAAUACAGAAACUGCAGCUGUGGGGUGUUGGUCUCACAGAUUCCGGUGCUGAAGAUCUCGUCUCCACUCUCAGUAUGAACCGGUCACUGACAGGGCUAAACCUCGGAUGGAACUCACUCAAAGACCGAUCUGCUCCCGCUCUCUGCCGCCUCAUAGAGACCCUCCCGAAUCUGGAGCGGAUCGAGCUGCGGUACAAUCAGUUCAGUUGGAAUGGAAAGGAGGAACUGAGGUCUCUGCAGGAACGCAGACCUGGACUGGACGUGAUCCUGUGAACAUCUGCUUGUGGGAUGGGAAGAUUUUACCCUCCCUUUUAAUGGCAGCCCUGUAGAUUUAACUCCCAAUGUUUGUAAUGGACCCUGUCUCCAGACAAGACCUCGGCGAUGACUGAAGUGAUCUGCAGACACGUAGUCCCACAUUCCCUGCGGCGGCACAGCUUUCGCUGGAUGUCCGGGUGCAGGUUUCGCCAGGGGGACCCUUGGGAAUUACACCACGAGGGUUGGGAGUCUGGCCGAUAUAAUACCUCGACAGUGACCCUGGAUCUGCAGCAAUCUCAGACGCUGCCCUGAUGUGUGAUUUUAUAAUCAUCAGUUCCCCGAUGCAGAAUGACGGUGAGAAACGGGAGUGAUUAUUCAACCUGUCACUCGUUGUCACUGUUCAGUUUAUUGUGAGUGACUCUCAGUAAAUCGGCAGCAGCUUAUUUAUUCCCCCAAACCGGUAGGACACAUGUUGUUUAAUACAUAUUUGACAUGAUAAAAUAAAUUAAUCUUCCUGUCUUGAUGUCUGACCUGAGUUGUAUUUGAUGCAUAGUGACCUGAGGUUACUGCUGACCCAUGAACCACAUUCACUGCAACAGUUGUCCUGAGCUCCUCACAGUGGCA